AUGACAUGUAUGAGUAAUGCUAGGCUGACUAGACAAUCUUUACAAAACGCUAUCGGAGUGCAUUCUUCAGAAAUUCCGAAAUGUGAAACUGGCUUCAAAUCGUGCUGUCCAGAUUUCAAGUGGAAUAUUAGAAGCCAACAAUGCGAAAAAUGCACACCGGGAUACAUUGGAAUAAACUGUUCUUCUAAAUGUCCAUUUCCUUUUUAUGGAGAAGAUUGUCAAUCAAAAUGUGAUUGCCAGAAAGACAUUUGUGAUUUUUCAGCAGGAUGUGCAGCUACUACGACCGGUAUACAUGUGUUUUAAGUCUUUUUAAAUAAAUUAAUGUUUAUUCAGGUGUACCAGCACUGUACUACGACAGAUUUUCUUUUUGUAUAAUUACAAUAUUUCGGACCGGAAAAAAGUACAUGCUUACCUUCUUUACUAGUUUUAAUAGGACUUAAAUGCAUAUAUAUAAUUUUUCUUUAGUUCUCUAAGCUGAUUGCACGGAAUGUCAUCCAAUCUAUGUAAAGUGUAUUUUAAUUGACACCUCCCAAUGACAAGUUAAAAAAACUAAAGACAAAGACUGAUUUCUGAUUUGACUUCUAUAUACAAGACUUAGUAUACCUUUAGACAUAAUGAGUAGCAUAAAGUAAAGAGUCGAAAUUUUCUGUGAUAAUCGUCGAAAUGGACAAUACGAAAUGCUGUGGG